AUGUUUUACCAGCCGGGCUCGUCUGUAUUAAGCGAGACUUCAAAAGAGGGAAGACUAGGAACUGAAGAGGCCUUCUAUCAAUAUUUUUGGUAUCCUUGCAAACUGGGGGUUCUUAUUCAUACCAAGUUCGUCGUAACCAAUAAGAAUUGGCUGUCUGCUAGAAUUCAUACAAAAUCGGCAGCUUCCCACGUCCAGAAGCCGAUCAAUUUAGACCCUGAGAUACUCGCCGUACUCCACGGUGUAUUUUACCCUACAAGUCAAGUUUGGCCGAGCUCCGGCAGGAUUCACAAAGAUCUCAUGGAGAUCCGUGCAGGCCUGAACGACAAUAAAGGACUCCCCCGCUAUUCUUGCCGCUGUUGA